CUUGUUCAAAUCUCGGAGUACACCAAAAAUGUGGACCUCGCUAAGGACGUUGCUGCUGCUGAUAAUUGCUGCAAAAAUCACGAUCGGCGAGCACAAUUCACAGUACGGCCUCGACGCUCUUCUGGGCCCAGAGGAGGCCAGGAAGUUUGAUAAUUACUCGCCGGAGGAGAGCAAGAAGCGCUUGGGUCGGAUUGUCGAUCGCAUUGACGAGGACAAUAAUGGAUAUUUGACGCUGGUAGAGCUGAAGAACUGGAUCACUUACACAUCGAGACAGUACAUAGAGAACGAAGUGGAUCGUCUCUGGAGACGGCUGAAUCCCAAUAACCAUACAGGCAUCACCUGGAAGCGGUACGAAGAUACCAUUUACCGAUAUGCGACGGAUUUCGGUAGCAAUGUCAUCAGCUACAAGAGCUUGAUAAACCGUGAUCGCCGCCGCUGGGCAGUGGCCGAUAAUGAUCUGGACGAUAGCCUAACUCUUGAGGAGUUCUCUGCCUUCCUCCACUCCGAGGACCAUCCCAGAAUGCGUGAUGUUGUCCUGAAAGAGAUGUACGAUGACUUGGACCUAGACAAUAAUGGCAAGAUCUCUUUGGACGAGUACAUCGUCGACCUCUACCAGCCCUCAGAACCAGAUGAAAAGGAGCCCGACUGGGUAUCCCGUGAGCGCAAGGUCUUCGCCAAGUUUCUCGAUCAUAACGGAGAUGGUUAUCUUAGUGAGGCGGAGGUGCGUCAUUGGAUCGCCCCAGAAGGCUUCGACAGUACCGAGAAAGAGGCCAAGCACCUGUUCUUCGAGGCUGAUGUGAAUCAGGAUGAACAGCUGACCAAGACCGAAAUUCUGGACAAAUACGAUAUCUUUGCAGGCUCCCAGGUCACCGGGUACGGCGAGGCCUUGACCAGGCGUGACGAGCUCUAGACCUGAAAAGAAAUUCUACAAAUUAAAAACUAAUAUUCGUGUACUAAA